UCUCGUGCUUUCCUGUGAAAAGUUUAGGGAACCCGUACAUUAAUUUAUACUGAUUAAAUGCCACCCAAAUAAGAACUCGUGUCUAAAAUUAAUCUAAUUCGUUGGAUCAAUCGAAUCAUUUUUUAACUCUUUGGCUUAGAUCCUUGCUGCCCGGAUUGUUUUCAAUUCAUAUUCAAUCAAAAUUUAAAUUUAAUUUGAAUAGCAACCCAUUUCUCGAAAAUUGAGUUCUAUUUCUUUUAAGUUCAUCCUCUCUCUGCAGCAGCACAGAUCUGAAACUGUGCUUGACUGGAGCAUGCAUUCAUUGUAGGUUACAGAAACCUAGUGCAUUGAUUUUUCAAAUUUCCAUUGAGAGAUCAUUUCACAGUAAGCGAUAAAAAUUCUGUCUAGCAGCCGCCGCCGAUUCACGCACUAAUUCACAGCAAUUUCCACAUCACAUAUCUGCAACUGAGCCUAAUACUAGAACAUCCAUAUUUAGUCACUUAAAUCUCAGAUCUGCAGCAAUGGGGGCAUUGCCUGAGUCAUUUGACACCUCAACCUCAGACUGCAUAAAUGCCAAUGAAAACAUCAGCAUUGCCAAGAUAAACAACAUUUAUGCCAGUGGAAACAGCAAGGGUGCCAAUGGCAAUGGAAACGACAUUGCUUUUGGCAUACCCCACAUGCAGCAGCUAUUUGAGGAGCAAAGAAAAUACAUAAACUAUUUCUUCUCUCAUGUUGAGUAUUCCGAAGUACAGGACUUUGCACGAGUUCUUAUGGAUGCCAAGGGAGUCAUAUUUUUCACAGGGGUGGGCAAAAGCGGGUUUGUGGCACAGAAGAUAAGUCAAACAUUUGUUUCGACAGGUACAAAAGCUGUGUUCCUGUCACCCACAGAUGCACUUCAUGGUGAUAUUGGAAUAGUGGGUUCCAAUGAUGUACUUGUUCUGUUUAGCAAGAGUGGUACUACAGAGGAGCUUCUAAGGCUUGUUCCAUGUGCCAGAGCUAAAGGUGCAUACUUAGUGGGAAUUACAAACCUAAAAAAUUCUCAGCUGGGUAAUGCGUGUGAUAUGCAUGUGCAUCUGCCAUUGGAGAGAGAGCUCUGUCCAUUUGAUCUGGCCCCUGUUACUUCAACGGCCAUACAUAUGCUUUUUGGAGACACUGUGGCCAUUGCCUUGAUGCAAGCUAAGAAUAUGACAAGAGAACAGUAUGCUCUCAAUCAUCCUGCCGGUCGGAUCGGGAAAAGGCUUAUCUUUAGGGUACAGGAUGUAAUGAAGAGGCAAGAUGAGUUACCUUUAUGUAAGGAGAAUGAUCUAAUAAUGGAUCAACUUGUAGAAUUGACUAGUAAAGGUUGUGGUUGCCUUCUUGUUGUUGAUGAUGAGGAUCACCUUCUUGGAACUUUCACUGAUGGUGAUUUGCGUCGGACCCUAAAAUCUGUGAGGGAAGGAGUCUUCAAGAUCACUGUGGGACAGAUGUGUAACAGAAACCCUAGAUCUAUUGAACCCAAUGCUAUGGCAGUGGAGGCCAUGCAAAAGAUGGAAUCUCCACCUUCACCUGUACAAUUUUUGCCUGUUGUGGAUCAUAACAACGUUGUCAUAGGAAUUGUCACCUUGCAUGGCUUGGUCUCAGCAGGUUUAUAAGUUUUCCCGGUAGAAACAGUGCAGUAGCAUAAUUUGAUGAUGGCCAUUGUUUUAUUCUUUACCACCUACAAGUUCUCCAUUAUAUGGCUCUAUAAAAUUUUGUUCUAUACCACUUAUAAUUUUCUCCAUUGUAUGAUUUUUCAUGGGAUUUUAUAACUGCAAAUAUCCAAAUUGUUCCCAUUAAAACAUGUAGAGAAAAUUUGGAUUGCCUUCUCCAUUGGAUAACAAGGCAUUUAAUUCAUUAGCCUCAAUUUAUAUUUGAUUUGUAUGUCAACGAUAUUGUAAGAAUGAUAUCUCUAUCUUCCUUUCC